GAUGCCCCUCUUAAACCUGGGGCUCUCCAUUUAAAAUCCACUAGUUCAUUUUAAGGUGGUUCUCUGGGCCCUGCUCUUUCUGGUCCACUCACAGCCCCAAAUCUCUCCAGGAAUUUGUGACUAGAAGACAUGGCAGGUCCCUAGGCAGAGGGCGAGGUAGGGCUGAUGGGAUGCAGACCAGGACUAGAGUGUCAGGUUCAUCAUUGGGUGUGACUGCCCAUCCACCCUGGUCCUGGCCUGGGUGCUGGACUUAGGACGGGUCCUACCUGCGCUCCUGGAUCCAGGCUAGUGGGGAUUCCAGGAACUUCUUUAUCCAGCCACUGUGUGUUAGGUACUUGCUCUGGGCCUCACUCUUUCUGGGCAGUGCUGGGGAUACAGUGUGGUCAGGGCAGCCCUGAGCCCUCCUCUCACAGGUCUCUCAGUCCAGAGAUAAUACAGACUUGUCAUCAGAUGGUGACAGCACCAAGUGGUCAGCUGUGAAAGCCUGAGGGUGGGGGGUGUGGUAAGGGAAGGUGCUCCUGGAGAAGGGAAUAAUUUUUUAAGUAGCCAGGAUAGAAGACUUCAUGUUUGCUGUCUCCAUAUAGCCUAGUAUUCUUUCCGAGCAACUGGAGUCAUUUUAUUCCCUCUGGAUAUGUGGUGUUCCUGGCCCCUUGUGAGGGACAAUGCUGGGCCACAGGAGUGCCAAUUGAGUCCCAUCCCUUUCCUUGUAGGAAGUACCCCAGAGCCUUAUGAAUGGGACACAGGCUCCAAAAGGAGGAAGGCUGGCUAGUUUGAGGUCAGGGAUGAGGCAUCUGAAUGUGAGAUGGAGCCAAAAUUGGUGGCUGGCUGGGCUAAAAGGGACCCUAGAGUGCCCCUGUCUGCCUGCUCAGGGAGAGUAGGAGGGGAAGGGCCUCAGGUCUCUGGAAAGUCCCCUUCCUUGCUGGUCCACGUGUUGGGCAACAGCACCCUCUGCUGGCCUCUCUGAGUAAUCUGUCUUAAACUUAGUUCCCACUUCUCUGUGGCAAAUGGGCCUCUAGGUCCCUGAUCCUGACGAUGCAAAUAGGAAGUUAUUUCUCUGCUCCUGUCCACAGUAUCAGGAUCAUUGCACCAGCUUCCUCACAGAUCUCCCUUGCCUCCAGUCCCUUUCCCUCAUGCUUUCCCCCCUCCCACCUGCUACCCGAAGGAUAAAAGAGCUCAAGCUACUUAGUGCGGCUUAUGAGGCCCUGUGUGCCUGACCCCUGGUGUGACCCCUCUGGCUUCAUAUUUUGCUGCUCCCCCUUUGAACUUCAGAUCGAUGGUUCUGGGGGAGUCACAAAUCUCUCAAUCCAAAUGCCAUCAACUCCGCUUUGGAAAAAGCACGUGUACAUGGAAUUUUGCAUAAAUAUUCAAGAGGUUCUCAAAUUCUCUGCAGCCCAAUGGUGGCCUUCAAGUUAGAACUUUUUCAUUCCCUGACCACAUUGAAGUCUUUGCAGUAACCAGAAAAUACCCAUGCCUGCUUUGCCCUCUGGGUUUUUGCCUCGCCUUUCCUACUGCCUGAAACCUUCCUCUUUAGUUCCUGCUCACCUUUCAGGUCUCAUCUUGGAUGUCCCCUCCUCCUAGAAGGAAACCUUCCCUGACCCUUUAGGCUGGGGUGGACAGCCCCAUCAGAGCCCGGGCCACUCAGGGUGGUCACUUGCGAUAUGUCUGUCUACUUUGUUGGUAAUACACCUGAAUGAGUCAUUACCCAUCACCUAGAGCAGAUCAGGACCAGGGUUGUCCCCCUCCACAUCUGCAAAUUCGUAGGGUCCUGGAACACAGUGGGAAGUUCUAUCUGAGCUACCACCCAUCUCAUGCUAGCCAGGGGCUGGCUUUGAUCACAAGCAAGAAAUAAAGCUUAGUAGAUACUCUUUGAGGUGGUGAAGGAAAAAGGGAUGGAUUGGAGUCUAAACCAAAGCACAAACCCUCAAGAGGCUCUGGACGGUGGCCGUUCAACAUUCAACCGUCCAUUCCAGAAGUAAGCAUGCCAGGUUCUGGUGUCCCAGCAGGGAGCAGGUUGACGAUGGUUCAGAUCCCUCCUGAUGGUGCAAUCCAUAGCAGGUCAGAUGGGGGCGGGGGGGGGCGUGGAAGAGCCUCCGGCCCGGACGCCCUUUACAUUCCCGGCGGCGGGCGGGACCUGAGGGAUACACGCAUGCGCAAAGGAGGUCUGCCUUCACCCCCGGAACUGUUGUUUCGGGCUUGGCGGAGCACCGGGCCCCCCGGAGUGUGCUCAGCCGGAAGUUGCCGCUGAGGGCUUGGGCCCGGACUCGGCGGGCAGAUCCUACCGCGGCGGCUAACUAGUACAGAUUUGGGAUGGAGGCCGUGGCGACCGCGGCAGCUGCCAGGGAACCCGAUGAAGGCUGCACACAGCCCAGUACUGGGCACUGGGGGGAGCUGAGCUGGACACCGGCCCCACCCAGACCCCAGGACAAGGCGGAAGCCACAGAGGGAGCCCCAAGGGCCCCAGAUGAUGAUGCCCCCGGGGCUGAGAACACGGCGGUGAGUGCCAUGCUGCACGCUGUGGCUGCCAGCCGCCUGCCCGUGUGCAGCCAGCAGCAGGGCGAGCCUGACCUCACCGAGCGGGAGAAGGUGGCCAUCCUGGGCCAGCUGUACCAUGAGAAGCCGCUGGUGUUCCUGGAGCGCUUCCGCACUGGCCUCCGCGAGGAGCACCUGGCCUGCUUUGGCCACUUGCGCGGCGACCAUCGUGCAGACUUCUAUUGUGCCGAGGUGGCCCGGCAGGGCCGUGCCCGACCCCGCACCCUGCGCACCCGCCUGCGUAACCGGCGCUACGCUGCUCUGCGUGAGCUCAUCCAAGGCGGAGAGUACUUCAGUGACGAGCAGAUGCGGUUCCGGGCCCCGCUGCUGUACGAGCAGUACAUCGGGCAGUACCUAACCCAGGAGGAGCUCAGUGCCCGCGCCCCGGCCCACCAGCCACCCAAGCCGGGCGCCCUUGGCACCCCCGCCUGCCCGCUCUCUGACCUGCUGCUCCAGUCCUACCAGGAGCGGGAGCUGCAGCAGCGGCUGCUCCAGCAGCAGGAGGAGGAGGAGGCCUGCCUGGAGGAGGAGGAAGAAGAGGAGGACGGUGAUGAGGAAGACCAGAGCCCCAGCAAAGACUCGGAGGCCUGGGUCCCCGACUCAGAAGAGAGGCUGAUCCUGCGGGAAGAGUUCACCAGCCGGAUGCACCAGCGCUUCCUGGACGGCAAGGAUGGGGACUUUGACUACAGCACCGUGGAUGACAACCCCGACUUUGACAACCUGGACAUCGUGGCACGGGAUGAGGAGGAGAGGUACUUCGACGAGGAGGAGCCCGAGGACGCGCCCAGCCCGGAGCUGGAUGGGGACUGACGGCCAUGGCUGCCCGCCCCGCCCCUGACUAGGGGACAGCCGCACUGCCUCUGGUGCCAUCCCAGCCGACUCCCUGCCCCCUCUGUGUGCGGGAUUCCCUACCUUCCCCCCCUACUCUCCUCACCCCACUCCGCCCCUGUCUCUCGCUGUUUGUCUGGCUCACUCGCUUUUUCUCCCUGCUUUUCUGUCUCUUGCUUUCUGCAUCCAUCUCCCUCUCCCUGCACCUCUUUCCUCUCUGCCUUUCUGUCCCCUUCCCUGCGCCUCGGCCUCUGUCCCCACGACAGGGCCCAGGCUGAACAUCAUCCCCUUGACCAAGGCCAACGGGCCCUUUGUAGCUGGAACUGGCCAGGUCGACGGCAGUGCCCAGCGUGGGGUCCGGGUGAGCCCCCGGCUUCACCCCCGGCCUCUGCCUGUUUCUCCACUCCCAGUGCUGGUGCGGCUCGCGCCUCCUGGUCGCUGUUUCGUUCCCGUCUCCUUCACUCUCGCUCUGGGCCUCUGGCUCUCCCCAACUGUACGCUCCCAUCUUGGCCUCCACGCCGCCUCCGGCCCUCUUCUGCCUCUCUGCCUUUCUCUCUGUGGACAUGUCGUCCUGCCACCCACAGCCUGGCUGCCGUGGGCAGCAGAGCCCUGACUGCUGAGGAAGGAGGCCUCUCUGGGCUGGCUACCAGCUGUCACCUCUCCCUCAGGACCCAGACUUGGGAGGGGGGUGCAGAGGCAGCACUGGGGCCACGGGCCUGCCAGCUUGGGUGUGGCGGGAGGGGGCACGGGGAGGGGGGCUCUCCCCGCUCAGCCCCACCGGCCCCUCUCUUUCCCCAGCCGCAAUGUUCCUUUCCUUCACUUCCUCCGCCUCCUUCUCCCUCUCCUGUUUACACUCCCCAAAUACGCACAGGCUGUUAUCAUGGGUCCUGAGUCAUCCCACACACAGCCUGCCCCAGCAUCCCUGCCCCCAGCUGGCCACAGGGCCCGCCCCGCAGAGCCCCCUGCCGCCCCAGGCUAAUGGGAGCCAGAUGGCCUCCCGGUGACUCAGCCACUGGCCUGUGGGAACCCAGGCGUCCCGCCUUCCCAUGCCCCCACACCCGGCUCCUGCUUCCCUCAGUAGACACGCACAUGGAGAAGGGCUCAGCUGCUUGCGGAGAGGGCCAUGGCCCACGGGUCCGAGAGGUGGGGCCUGGGGAGCCCUCACUCCUGGGAGCCAGCAUGAUGGCGCCCUGCCAUACCCAAGCCCGAGGGACCCUCAAAACCACCUCCUCGGGCUCACGGCCCAGAGUAAGGGGGGAGACCCUGAGGCCUCCUGGGGCCACCGCUCUUGACCCCUGGGCCUCAGCUGUGCCCUGUGGGUCAAGCAGGACUAGGGCCAGACACAGAAAGUGAGAGCUGGCCUAGAGGCCGAGGGACAUUCACACGGGGAGACUGUUAAGUAUGGAAGCUUCCGGUUACUAAGCAGUUCUGUCCUUUGCUGGGCCUGGCGCCACACUGAAUUCUCCAGACAACCCUGUGAACUAGGGACUCGCCUCCAUUCCGUAGGUGAGUCAGGGCAGGCCAGAAGGGGGCUGUUAGUUGUUCGAGGCCGCACAGCCAGUGCAGAUGAAAAACCCGGGCUAGAACCUCCCAGGUCCUGGAGGCCAUCCUCCUAGGCUGCGUGUCAGCUGUCCGGUCAGGGCCAGUCAGAGCGGACAGAUGCACGGACUUCCUCGGGAAGACCGAGGAAGAGCUGCGGAGGGCGAUACCAGCCUCCAGGCUUCGGGGGCCCCCUCCCGUGCAUUCGGCGCCACCCUGCACACCGGCUUGGAACUGUCUCAAUGGCGUGGAAGUCAGCACCUGGACCAGAACCAUCGCGGCGCUCCGCUAGGCACAUACUGUCCACACUGCGGCCCCAGCUCCCAGAGAAGCCCAGGAUCAGCCGGCCCAACGUGCACUUGGAGAGCCUGAGGACGAACGGUGUUUGCCCCCCCCCCCCCGGUACGUGUGCGCACCCGCACUCCCAGAGAGCUUUCUAACCGGGGAGCAGCCCCAGGUGAUGUGCGCGGUUUUCGUCUGUCUGUCAUUUGAUCAUUAAUGUUGUUUGUGAUAUACUUUGCCGGACGUAGAUUUGUUACAUAAUAAAGUGAUGAGAGAAACAG